AUGUUUAUAUACAGCAAGCCUGAAGCGCCGGCGGUGGCCAAUAGAAGUAAAAGCAGUGUGUCGCUAGUGUGGCGGUCGCCGAGUGCCUUCGCCUUUCUGGAGCACAGGCUGCUGUACCAGCUAGAGAGGAGAGAGAAGAUACCGCCCUGGGAGCUCAUCUACAGCGGUGGCAGAACAUCAAAAACAAUAGAUAACCUCCCUCCGCGACACCCGCACAAGUUCCGGCUGCGAGCCGUGCUGCGCGCCUCCGACGUGCCCGCUUUGUCUUCCGCCGCGCUGACACACCACGGGGACGUCGACACUGCUAUUACCAAUAUUACACUACUAGUUGAAGAUGCGCAGGGUGCCGAUGAGAAUAGUGAAGUAAAUCACAAGGAUAGAGGCUGGCUAAUGUCUCAAUGGUCGGAGGAGACAUGGACCAGUACGGAGUCUGACGGCGUCUCGGCCGUCUGCUUCUGCAUGGCCGUGCGCUGCGGCUACAUCAAACAGCUGCAGGCGAUGUUAGAGGAGCGUCCGGAGCUCAUAGACAUCGUCCCAAGUAACGGCCUCUCCCCCCUCGCCACCGCCGUCAGGAAAGGUGACGUGAACAUCGUGCGGUUCCUACUGCAGGCGGGCGCGGACGUAGGGCGCCCGCUGGCCGCCGGGCAAACCCCGCUACACUUAGCGGUGCUCGCCGGACACCUACCUAUCAUUGACCUUCUGCUGGACAACGGCGCCGACUUACAGUCGCGAGACAUGAACGGUCUGCGCGCGGAGCACUACGCCGCGGACUCAGGCAGAGUGCAGGUCGUGAGACACGUGCUCGCCCGCGGCGGAGACAUCAACGUGCGCGACCACAACGGAUGGACGCCGCUAUUCAGAGCCAUCUGUCAGGGCGCGAGUACGGAGCUAGUGGCGGAACUGGUGGCGCGCGGCAGCGACGUGGCGGUUCGGGACCGCGCGGGCCUGGCGCUGCUCGACGCCGCCCGUCUGCUGCGCGACCACAACGGCAGGAGACGCGAGUCGCUGCUACGUGUGGUGGACGCGAGCUACCCGCGCGAGGCGGCGCUUGCGCACUUCGCGCGACUCACCGGCAAGAUAUCCAACCUGCACGCGCUGCGCAAGUAG